UUCUAAUUUCAACCGUUUCCGCGGCGGUAUACACGCGGUUUUCCGAUUGUAAUUUUUUUUAUGCCGGUCGAGUGCUCAGUGUUUCUCCCAUAAAGGUUUUCCGCCAGGAGGAGUUUAAUUUGCUUUUAUGGGGUCAGCUGCAGUUCAGGCUCCCAGUACCACAAAAAUAAACUGUCCAACAAGAGGAACACUCCAUACCAAAGGAAGUUAAUAAAUAUUUCAAAAAAUGGAACCUCCACCGUGUAUCCAAAAUGCCAUGAUGACAAAAGACAAGAAACCCUUCACCUACACCCCUGGGGGCUUGAAUCUGAACGAAAUCAAGUCACCUCGAAUGGCCAGAAGGAUAGAGAGGAAUGCCGCUUACGAGGGUGUUGGAUCAACCCCAGCUCAGCAAAAUCGGCCCCAAGUGAUACCAGGAUCUCUGCCUCCAUCUGCCAUAGCUGCGAUGCAACCACAAAUGCAUGUUCAGGUAUUUCCGUCUGGUCCUCCACCCCCACCACCGAUGAACCUCCAGAGAGGAGGCGUACCACCCCCACCCCCUCCAAUGAGCAACAUACCACCACCUCCGCCACCUCCCACACAACCCUUACCAACACAAAAAGUUCGUACUUCCGAUCAACAGAUUGUUGAACGGCCUGAUAUGACUAAAAUAAUACCCGAAAACCCGAUGGGUUUGCUGAAGAAGACGGGUGGGCCAAGGAUAAGGAACACGCUUCUGGAGGAGAUGUAUAAGAAUCCAGACAGAGCAGGACCUCAGCAGGUCCCGACGAACAAAACUUUCAGUCAAUCGCCUCUGUCUCCUCAACCACAGCAAGUGAGAUCUCCUCCAAUCGAGAAUUUCCCAUACCAACCACCAGUUAUGCAGAAAUCUGUACCAGAGCAACAACACCAAGCAUGGUCGCCUCCUGUAAUAGAAAGAAAAGAACCAGCAAGGAAUAUCAGCCAACAACCAGAAAGAAAUGUCAACGUAGGCUGUAUCUACAUCCCACCAGUGAGCUCCCAACCAAGCAAAACUGUUACUAGCCCCACACCUCCUUCUUCAUCUCCAAAAGUCCAAACACCAGGGACUCCUACACUGAAAGAAGCUCCAAAGCCUUGGCAACAGAAGCAACAAGUCAAAAAUGAGGAAUCACCACAGUGGGCAAAGAAAGAACCAAGUUUCUCUCCAACUCCACCACCUCAAAUGCAGCAUACUCCAAAUCAUCAACAGCAACGUCCGAGGUGGCCUCAAAAUAAUCCUCCAGGUCCUCAACAACAGAGAUACCAAGAACCACAACAAAAACAGUCGGUUCCACCAGAAGAGAGGGAAGUGUACACUCAGAGAGUUCUACAGCCGCAGUUCGACCCAAGUAGUCAUCCCAAUGCAGUCUUCGUUACUCAGCCGAUUAUUCUUCAACACCCUGGACCUAACUACGGUCCCCCUGUUAUAAACAGAAGAGAAAAUGUUCCAAUGAAGCAAGAGGGAGGUGUUAUAACCAUUCCCAUCCAGAUUGAGGGUAGAGAAACUCCAAACAGGAACUUGAGCAGGCAGCAGAGCUGGUCUAAUAAUCCCACCCAAUCAGGCUCAUUCAGGGUGAUCCAAAAAAUAACGGGAACUGAGGGUGAAGAAGAAAAUAACGAUGGAAUUACUGAACACGCAGCCAGGUACCCACAACAAUUUCCCGCAGAACAAAUGCGAAAAAUGCAGCUGAAUGACACCGAUCAAGAAUUGCUCAACAGGUUCAAGCAAGCUCAAAAUACGCAGAUUCGUCAUAAUGAAAAUACUAUCACGAAGCCUAAUUUGGUGCUCGAAAUGUAUUUCGAUGAGGAAAAUCCACGAUACAGGGGGGGACAUAUUCCUUCUAGAGUUUUCAGGAUUUUAGAUCAGAGCGUUCCCAACGAUGAUGGUCACAGUAAACCGCAGAUAAGGCAUAUCCCUAUACAAAUUGAAGGAAACGGUGGACCAAAAACUACAACCUACGUACCUCCAAGUCAGCAGGUUCCCGCUGAAGAACCGAAAAAAUAUACAGGGAGUUCAAUUCCCUCAAGGUCUUUCAAGAUGCUGCAAGCCAUGACUGCGCCUGAUUCUUGCGCCAAUGUCAAAGAAGCUAACGAAACGAACGAAAACUACGACUUUCCAUAUCAAGGAAACAAUUGGGCUUUUCCCCCCGCUUACCCAAUGUACAACCCCCAACCCUUCUGGCCGCCAUACUUCCCCCCAGCCCCUUACAAAUUCCCAUCUACCGAACACAGCAACUCAGAUCCGGAAUUGAACAGGGCCAGCGUAAACAAAACGCCCUUACCCUAUUUCGGUCAUCCCGCGUACACCCCAACACGCGAGCUAGACCAAAAAUCGGUCUCCAGAACCCCCACUUCGUUUUCAAGAUGUUCCUCGAGUACGGAGUUGGAGAAUAUCAACUGGAGACAAACACCGAUACCAUAUCCGAUGUAUACAAGUCCCACCACUCCAAUACCGGGUAGGAGGACGCCAAAAAGGAAUUUAAACGACUCUGAUCCUGAUUCUAAGACUCCCACACCAGUUCCCUUCUGGUACGGGUAUCCUCCAACUGAUGGACAAGAAAAAAGUGAUAAUAACUUACCACCACAGCCCAACUACAGUUAUUACCCCCCUUACCCACCUUUCUACGAUCCAUACUACUACCCUUACUAUUGUUACGGGUAUCCACCAAUGUUCUCCCCCCUCCCUUACAUGAGACCAGGAAGUGAACCAGAAGACCUCAACGGUUAUUCAUCAAUGGACGAAAUGGCUUGCUACAAUCAUAAAAACCAACAACAUAAUAAAACACCGACUGAUCAGAACGCAUCAAACGUUUCACCUGAAUCCGUAGUGACUCCAACACCAGAAAACGACUCCCAAACCCAGAAAGACCUCUCUAGCUCAGAAUCAGACACAGAAACUGAAACCAACGAUCAAGAGCCCGUUCAAAAUUCUGGAAAGUUACAGACCAUCAGAUCCGUUACAGACAUCAACAUCUACAAGCAAACUGAGGACGAGUCGGAUCUUUCUGAAGCUGAGGAAUUAUCAGACACAUCCUCUAAUUCAAGCGUUUACGAAGAGGAGAGGGAAGAAGAGGUAGUUCCACACCAAUUAAGCGUUAUUUUCGAGGUGAGUGAAGUUACAGACACCUCCAGGCAAGCUAGGGAGAGCAGCGUGUUCAGUGACUGUACAACAGUUGAAGGAAUCAGAAGCGAUGACGAAGAAAUAGAUGACUCUUUGAGCAAACAGUGGAUCUCCGAUAACCUUAUGGAGAUUGCGUCGAGGAUUCAGAACAGAAUUAAUGCCAGAAUUGAGCUAGACGACUCUGAAGUAUAUGCUAGUUUCACCAUGAAGACACCAUCACCAAGGAGGGAAAUUGUAUCGAAAGAUGAGGAUCAAUCCAACAUCCAUAGAGAAGAAGCUGUAGUUCCUACGUAUAAGGAUGACCAAAACGCAUCAGAGGUCCAAAAUUCAGCAGAAGAAAGAAAUCAUGCUGAGUACGAGGAAAAUUAUUCUGAAGAUCCCGAAUCGCAGGAUAUGAAUGUAGAUAACCAAACUAACAAUGAAGAAGCUGAAGAAGCUCCAUCUAAAGAAUCGUCGGACAGUGAAGAUUGGUGGGGGGUUAUAGGAAAGAAUGAAGAAGAUUUUCCGAGAAGGAAAUCUUUCUAUAGAGAUUCUGACAUUGCUGAGACUGAUGUAGCAGAGGACAAAGUUACAUCAGAGGAAAAACCCUCAAAUCCAAGUGAAACAGAAUUCGAACAACACGAUAAAACGGAAACAAAGGAAAUUAUAAAUGAAAAUAAACCAGAAGAGAACACGCACGACGAAGAUGAUGUUAUAACAGAACUGAAUACGAAAGAAGUAACAAAUCAGACCCAAAUAGAAGAAAUGAGUAAUGAAAUGAACUCAAAGGAAGCCUUUGUUGAUACACUGAAGCCAGAAACAAACACGUAUGAAGAUGAUGUGUUCUACGAGGAGGACUACAAAGAAUCUACGGUUCCCAAGUUGGAGAUCACUUCCGCUCACUCUAGCCAUAGCAGUGCAAGCUCGAGGAGAAUCUCUUGUGAAUCGGAUGAGUCAUCCGAAAGUGAAGACAGCGAUUCGAGCGAAGAUGAAGGAACUAAAAACGACGUCAACAACAACGAACAAAACGUUGAGGAAGAAACAGUUGUUAUACCAUCCAUAAAAGACAGGAUACGGGCACUCCAGGAGUGCAUUUCGGCCAAGAAAAAAUCAACCAAGAUCGAGGAAGAGAUAAGGAUUAGCGUGAAGAGUCAAGUGGAUUCUAUCGAUAAUGGGGAAUCGAAUAAAAGCAAGCCUAUAUCGGCUAAAAGCAGUGUUAAAUCAUUCGACGAAAUAUCAGAGGAAGAUUCAGGAGUUACAGAUUUGAGCAAGCAAUAUUCAGAUAACGAGGAAUUCCCAGAGCUUAGGAAAAUGAGUAAAUACCAAAGAGCAUCCACUCAUUCGAGGCUGUUUCAACUGUUACAAGAGGAAUGUGAAAAUGAAGAAGAAGAGGAAAAUGUUCCAGAAACAAGGAAAACACAGCUCAGCUUACCCUUGAACUCCAACGUAAGCGAUAAGUUAGCGGAGGAGCUGGUACACAGUAUGUUGAAACAGAAGAAGGGACAGAUUUUCAGGAACAUGUCGGUGGAUAAGCUACACGCCGCUGCCAAAAGGGUUUUGCAAGAAGACGGCGCAGAUAACUGCGAUACACCAUCGGAAGGUACAUACAGCGAUUACCUAUCACCCCUGAGAAACGACACAGGGAAUUCAACCCCCCAAGAGUUCUACGGCCACUAUAACGAGUACAUGCAAUAUUAUGACUCUUGGGCACAAGCCGCUGCCCUGCAAGAAAACGAGAUCAUCCAGUCCAAAACUUUCAAAAUGAUCCAGGAGGCCGGUCAGAAGCCCACCGUUUUUUCGACCACCCUGCCCAAAUGCCCACGCGUCUUAAGCGGCAAAAAUGUUCAUUCCGAUCUGAAGAAGCUAGUCGAAAACCCUGAAGAAACGUCCUCAAUAAACAAUCCCGAUCCUAAAUCUUGACCGAAACCCACAACGGAAGGUGGAAUUUUAUUUGAUUUCCAAUUGGUGGAUCCACGAUUUUAAAUGAGGUCCAGGUCAUUCUGAUUUUUGAGGACAGACAGGAGGAAAACAAUUGAUAGCGAAGUUUUGAUGUGAAAAUGACCGCUAGAUGUAUUUGUAGACCUCAAGAAUUUUUUGAGUAACUUGUUUUUCGGGCUUGUUCAUUCGAAGGCAUUUUUCUAGCAUAAUUGUAACAAUAAUCUUUGAAUGCAUGUUCGAUUAGUCGAAGCAAGGAAUGUUUGUCUUGUGAGCGAAAUAAUCACAAUUUUAUUGGCAUAUAUAGUUUUGUAUAUUUUGAUUAUUUUUCGCUUGUGUUGAUUUUUAAGAUAUUAUAUAAUUGUUAUCAUUGUGGAAAUGAAACAAACAUGUAUUUUUCAAUAAAUUUGUUGAAACUUU